ACGAUACGUAACCUACCAUGCGAAUUACCCUUACAGCUCUCUUUCUUUGUGUGACUUGCGAAUUAAAAGAGGAAGAUGUUCCUCCAGAGCUAAGAAGGAAUUUUGACAAGAAUAAAAUCAUAAUUCCGAGUACGCGUCAAUAUGGCGAAGAACUUUACGCCAAUGUUACGGUAAAAGCGUUUGCAGCUAUAGUAAAUAGCCUCUCGGAGGAAAGAAUGAAGCAGUUGUCGAUGAGAAGGAAGUUGAAGGCCAGAAAAUGUUUGGAGAUGUCUGCAAGUUUAACUGAGAAAGCGAAGUGUUUCAUUUUCGUAGUGGAGAACCUAUGUGAGAUGAAGAAAAGAAGGAGAACGACAACACUCAGAAGAGUGGAUAUAAUGGUAAAGCGAAGACGGAGACAUAUCGCGCACAUUCCAGACGAUAUCGGGAAGGACUGGGUUACUCCUGGGCAAUUGAAAACUACGAAUAUUGUUGAGAAGCAAUCGUAUACCUUAUCUUCCGAGAACGGCGGUACGCUUUGGGAGAUGCUCUCAUAUCAUGUCAAGAAAGUAGCCUCCAGUUUGAUGGGAUACAGGGCAAAGCGCAUGAGGAGUUGGCGGUCAUUAGCUCAAGAACUACUCGCAAAGAGCGAGAGAGUCUCUCUUCACAGACGGUUGGACGCAAUUCUGCCUGGCACUCGAACACCACCAUCUGAAUUUUCAAACCAUGCGAAUAACAGUGCAGAUAACACAGAUCAGAAAGUGCUUCGUGACUUGAAUGUUUUACUGAGAGAAGGCGUAAAAAUCGCUGCAUCUGCAGCAGGUCACAACGUUGGAAACAAGACGGUUCGAAUUUUGUCCCCCCGAAUUGGAAGCCACAAGGGAGUGGAAGAGGAUGUCUCUUUGCUAUCACCAGAUCUAAUUUUUCGAAGUGAACAGAAAGAUCAACAGGAGCGAAAUGCAUUGCUGGAAAUACUCAUGGAGCUUUCUGGAGCGAAUUCCGCUAUGCGAGCAACAUUGGAACAAAUAGAAAAGCGUGAUUUGAUGCUCAAUGAUCACGCACAAAUGACCAUAGAUGACGUUGAAGAAACGCUUGGAAAAAAAGAGAGACGGAAAAUCGAAGUCAUUCAACUAAUGGAAAAAUCAUACACUCCCAAUCAGAUGGAUUCGUUCGAGAAGCGUGGUUUCGCUAUCAUGACGAAUCAACAGAGAAAACUGGUGUACGGUCCGACGUCACCGUACUAUGAUGAAUCAAGUCGUCGUCGGAUCAGGCGACUAAGUGCGGAGAGUAUCGAGAGACGACUCAUCAGCCUAAUACGCCUGCAGGCUAUCGGAAUGUCCGACUACGGUCGACGCAUGAAGAUCGAUCUGAUUGGCUCACCAACGGUGGCAGCAAGUUUUGUCGGACAACCACUCACGAACAUCAACUCGGUCUUCUCGCCGGUGAUUCUAUCAAGCUUCGUAUCGUCUCCCACACUCAUUGGACCUCUGAUACUCUCACCGUGGCUAUUCUCAACUCUUAUCGCAUCUCCAUGGGCACUAUGCCCAAUCAUUCUCUCUCCAUUCACUUUUGUACCCAUUAUUUUAUCCCCCGUUGCUAUGUCUCCCUUCGUUCUCAGUCCAGGCAUAUUCAGCCCGGCGAUUCUGAGCCCUCUAUUGAUGGUACCGUAUAUACUCUCUCCGGGGCUUUUUAAUCCCUUGGUUCUCUCACCGCUCGUGCUGUCCCCACUGGUGCUGAGUCCCAGUUUGGGCUCUCCAGUGAUACUGUCUCCAACAUUGCUGGCACCAUUAGUCCUCUCGCCCCUUCACCACUCGGCCCUCGUGCUCAGCCCGUCUUUGCUUUCUCCGCCGAUCGCUUCGGACGGAGAAGGUGGUGCUCUCAUAUUGUCGCCAGAUCUCGGAUAG